AGGUGGGGAGGGGGUGGUGCCUCCGCUCAACUCCGAGCCGGCGGCGCAAGGCAAAGGCGAGGGCGGCCACUCACAUCUGCACCGCAGCCGGCGCGCAUCUGCCCGCAAAGGGACUGCCGGCCCGGGUCCCCGACACGCUGCCGGCCGCCCCUCAGGCAGCGCGCGCGCACACGCCCAGCCGGGUUGGCUCGCAGACACGCGCUCGCUCUGCCUCCCCCGGCCGGCCCCCCACGUCGCCGCCACCCCCCGACUCCCCCAGGGUCCCGCAUCCGGAAAGUGAGCCUCGGUUCUCCCCCCAGCCUGGCUGCCCCGGCCGAGCUCCUGCGCGCCCCAUGCCGGCCCUCCUGUUCCUCGGGACCCUCCUGUUCCUGGCCUCGACUACCGGCCAGGCUGGGGCGCGUCCGUCCAACGCCACGAGCGCCGAGCCCCCGGGUCCGCUGCCCGCCCUGCUGGCGCACCUGCGGCGCCUGACCGGGGCGCUGACGGGCGGCGGGGGUGCAGCGGGCGCGGGGGCCAACGGCACCAGAGCCAGCACCCCGAGCUCGGCGGGCGCGGCUGCACGCGCGCCCCCUCCGGCCGAGCUGUGCCACGGCUACUACGACGUCAUGGGCCAGUACGACGCCACCUUCAACUGCAGCACCGGCUCCUACCGCUUCUGCUGCGGCACCUGCCACUACCGCUUCUGCUGCGAACACCGCCACAUGCGCCUGGCGCAGGCCUCCUGCUCCAACUACGACACGCCGCGCUGGGCCACCACGCCGCCGCCGCUGGCCGGGGGCGCCGGGGGCGCCGGGGGUGCGGGCGGGGGGCCUGGGCCCGGCCAGGCCGGCUGGCUGGAAGGGGGCCGGGCGGGCGGGGCUGGGGGGCGUGGGGGCGAGGGCCCAGGGGGCAGCACGGCCUACGUGGUGUGCGGGGUCAUCAGCUUCGCCCUGGCCGUGGGCGUCGGCGCCAAAGUGGCCUUCAGCAAGGCGUCCCGUGCGCCCAGGGCGCCCAGGGAGAUCAACGUGCCCAGGGCUCUGGUGGACAUUCUGAGACAUCAGGCGGGGCCCGGGGCCCGCCCGAACCGGGCACGAAGCAGCUCCCUUACCCCAGGGGUCGGAGGCCCAGACAGCAUGCCGCCGAGGACGCCCAAGAACCUCUACAACCCGGUGAAGCCGUCCAAUCUCGAUAACCUGCACCACAACUACCUGCACCUCAGCGUCAGCAGCCCCAAACACCGCGCUGCCACUCUGGACUGGCCUGGACUGACCCCGGCCGUGCCCCCUGCCCCAGACUGGCGGGCCGUCCCGCCGCCCAGCCCCUCCUUGCGCUACUCCACGCUGUCCUGCUCGCGGUCCUUCCACAACCUCUCACAUCUUCCCCCAUCCUACGAGGCUGCCGUGAAGUCGGAGCUCAACCGCUACUCCUCUCUCAAGAGGCUCGCCGAGAAGGACCUGGACGAGGCCUACCUGAAGCGCCGGCACCUGGCGGAGGUGCCCCGCGGGACGCUGCCCCUGCAUUCGCUGCGGCGACCCGGCACUGGGGGCGGCUACCGCAUGGAAGCCUGGGGCGGCCCCGAGGAGCUGGGCCUGGCCCCCGCGCCCCACCCUCGGCGCGUCAUGUCCCAGGAGCACCUGCUGGGCGACGGGGGCCGGUCGCGCUACGAGUUCACGCUGCCGCGCGCGCGCCUCGUGUCCCAGGAGCAUCUGCUUCUGUCGUCGCCCGAGGCCCUGCGCCAGAGCCGCGAGCACCUCCUGUCGCCCCCGCGCAGCCCCGCGCUGCCCCCCGAGCCCACUGCGCGCGCCAGCCUGGCCGCCUCCCACUCCAACCUGUUGCUGGGGCCCGGGGGCCCCCCCACACCGCUGCAUGGCCUGCCGCCGCCGCCCGGCCUGCACGCGCACCACCACCACGCCCUGCACGGCUCACCGCAGCCAGCCUGGAUGUCAGACGCCGGUGGGGGUGGGGGCACACUGGCCCGCAGGCCGCCCUUCCAGCGCCAGGGCACGCUGGAGCAGCUGCAGUUCAUCCCCGGCCAUCACCUGCCCCAACACCUCCGCACGGCCAGCAAAAACGAGGUGACUGUCUGAGUGUCCAAGGCCGGGCUGGGGGCUGGGGCGCUGUGGCCUGCGGCCCCCAUCCCAGCCUGCACCCCCUGCCACACCCGGCUGGCGGGCCUGGAAUCCAGACCUGCGGGGGCCAGGAGGGCUACCUCCAAGGACAUGGUUUUGGACGAAAUACUCACGAGAGAAAAAGUUUCCUUCUGCAAUGUCAUGGCAGAUAAGAUCCUCAUCCUGACACAGUCUGAAGCAGGGCCUCCUUCCCAUGACGUCAUCACAGAGGAAGAGGCCUGUAUGUGAGGUCAUCAGUAGCAAAAAACGUCUGUGUUCAUCACAGGGACAAACCCUGCUUCCCAUGAGGUCAUCGAAGAGGAACAGGCCCACUACAGUCAUCGCUGGAGGCCGUGUCUGUGCUCCACAGUGUCAUCACGAAGACCUCCCUCCAGUGACGUCGUAAGAGGAGCAAUGCCUUGUCCCAUGACAUCGUCCCGAGAGACAAGGAGCCCUCCUGUGACGUCACUACACAGAUAAGUCUCACCCUCUGAUGUUGUCUCUGGCACCAAAGGCCUCUGUGGACCUCCUCGUCACCAGGAAAAUAUUUUCUUCCAAAGAAGAUGCCUCUGUCUAUGAAGCCAUGCCUGCGGACAAAGCCAUCUUCCCGGGACGUGCCACAGGGAAAAAAGCCUUGCAUCCUCACGAGACACAAGGCCUCCUUUCUAGGACGUCACCACGGGGGCUCUGCUUCCUUCCUGUGACACCAUCGCCAGAGGAGCUGGCUUGCCCUGUGAUGUCAUCCCCGAAGACGGGCAGCCCGCUUGGGACUUCUCCGGGGUGAGGCCCUUCUGCACCACAGCACCAGACUCUGCCUGCGCAGAGAUUAUGUCCCCGUGAGACACGUCCACUGCGAUGGCCCAGCAUCCACAAGGUGGGCCGCCCAGAGCCCAUGACUAACCUGGGGGCCGCCAAGGAAGGGACCGGUCCUGAGAUGCUACCCCGGGUGUCAUUGCUGGGGCGGCUGCCCUGUGGGGAAGCUGUGGCCAGAGGUGACAGCCUGCCCCUGGGGCCCCGGAGCUGUGACGUCACCACCGGAGACAAUGCCUGCUCUGGAAGGCCAUUCCUUGUGAUGGUGUCACCAGAGUUUAUGCCUUGUCCCACCAUGACUUAGGUUGGUUGCUCUCUCCCCUGACCCCAGGGACGAGCCCUGUGCGAUUUCCACCAGACCCUCCCCUCAAGCAAGGCUGGCCCAGGGGUCCUCCCCCCGUGCAGGGAUGUCACCUCCUGGUGACUCCUGGAAGACAGCACGCACUCCCAGACUGGCUUCUGCUCCCAAGGAGGCCGCUCCACUGCUCCUGGAGUCCUGGGGACUCAGGCAGCCCUGCGUCUCUGCCACAACUACAGACAUCGUCAACUCUACAAAGUCCUGGCCUCCUGUUGGGGUGGGGAGUGGGGUGUGCCUGCUAUUGACAAGACUUCCACCACUCAUGGCCGCAUUGCACCUGGGGUCCCGUGGUAACCAUGCCUGAUGAUGACGUCAUUUCCCAGGGUUCCCUGUGAUCUACGGCCUGUUCAUCUUCCAGGAUCCACCACAGUGAGGGUCUCGUUCUCAUCCAAGAUUCGUCAUAACUAUAGUGUCACCUUCUAAGGUAGCCGAGAGCCAGUGGUGUCACCAUCUUCCAUGAUUCUCCACCAACACGGCGUCAUCAUCUCCCAGGAUUCACCACAGCUGAUGAUGUCAUCAUCCCCCAGAAUCCACCAUGACCAGUGAUGUCAUCACCUUCCAGAACCCAGUAUGGCUGAUGGUGACAUCUUCUACCAGGAUCCACUAGGACUGAUGAUGCCCCAGUUUCCCACAGACCCCCACAACUGUCAUCACCUCCCAGGAUCUGAUUCAGCCACGAUGCCACCAGCCCCCAGCAUCCAUGAGAGUUGACGGUGUCCCGGGACCCAUGACAUCCAACAUCAUCAUCUCCCGGGAUCCACUUCAACCUUGGUACCAUCAUCAACUGGGAUAUACCAUGACUGUGACAUCAUCAUCUCCCAGGAUCCCGGACACCCAAUUAUGUCCUUCAUCAGGAUCCAUGUCAACCGUGUAUCAUCACCUUCCAAGAUCCAUCCCCUUGGGAGCCAAGUGCUAUGACAGCUGUAUUUCAAUUGUCUUGUGGGGUCACCUACAGUCGAUCCCUUUAGAGGAACCAGCACAAUAUGUAUUCUCUCCCCCCUCCCUCAAAAAGAGCGUGGGGUGGGGCUCCCUCUGAUGACAUCAUCCUACCCAGCCCUUCUUGGUGAUGUCACCACCUUGCUCCUGACUCAGGCUGAUGCCUGCCUCAACCCAACCAGAGACUUGGCCUUGGCCAGUGCCCCCUCACCCCUGGGUGAGGGCACCAGUCCCUCCGGAUUACUGCCCUUCACCCAACCAUCUGACCGGUGACAGGGUCAACACAGAGACCUCUUACCAUCCCCAGAGGGGGGCCUUCCAGUCCUUGGGUGAUGUCACAGCCCCAGUCCCGUCCCUGGCACUGGAGCCGCACCCAGUGCCGCACGCCAUUGGCUUGGGCCAAACUCUCCCUGGAGACGCCCAGGGCCGGGCCAACAGCUGCCGACCUGCCCGGGGCCUUCAGUGGUGUCUGCUGCUGCCUGGCCCCAGGAGGGCACAUCUGGAGCAAAGCGGCCACCGCCCCUGCCAGCCGCGGGGCAGGGUGUGCUCUGCAUCUCCCCAGGAUGACAGAGAAGCACCACUCCCUCCCCUUGCCCCCUCACCCUCUGGGGAGUCCCCAACACCCAACGCACAGUUUGCCCAAAUUCUCUUUGUACAUAGCCAUGUUGGGGGGCGGCCAUUCCCCCACUCUUAAAGGGCUACACGCCCCCUCUCCCAGCCCCGAGGGCCAGGUCGGGGGGCCUCUUCUCCCUCCUCUGGGCCGCCCCCCUUCCUCUCCUCUCCCCACAAAUAACGGCACCUCAGCUCAUCCCUUAUUGUCGGGAGCCUGGGGCAGAAACUUGGCCCUCGACUCCCACCAUGGUCCCCUGGAGGAGGAAACGGCAACCCCCUCCAGUACUCUUGCCUGGGAAACCCCAUGGACAGAGGAGCUUGGAGGGCAAUAUUCAUGGGGUCUAAAGAGUUGGACACGCCUGAGCAACUGAGCACACACAGCACGGCUCCCACCACAUUGAGGACACUGAGGGGCCAGCCCCAGGCUACCAGGGCCCCAGCGCCAGUUUUUCAGCCCCCUGCUUGCAGCUGCUCCGCUGGGCUCCUCCAAUCCCUGCAAGGGCCUCAACACGCCCAGGGUCCCUAGGGCAGACUGUGACUUCCCCCAAAAGGAGCCAGCUUGAGCACCUGCCCCGCCAGAGCCCCUCCCCUCCACUCAUCACCCCCAGGGAGCACUCAGCCUUCUCCAGCCCCCACAUCUGCAGGGUUUGAGGCCUCUCAUCUUUUCUAUGCCCCCUCCCCUUCCACUCGCUCUUUCCUGGCCUGGAAAGAGCAUCUCACCCCCGCCACCCACCACACAUCACUCACUCGACACAGGCUGCCCGACCCUGGGGCCUUGACCUCUUAUCUCAAAUAAGCCAUAGUGGGGAGAGGUCUCGAGGUGGGUGAGGAAGUGGGCAUGUCCUGCCAGACUCCCUUGAUGCUUCCAGAGCUGAGACCUCGCCAUCUGUCUCCCCCCUGCCCUGCCGCCUUCUACAUCAUACAGGCUUGUGUGCGCACGUGUGCGCACACACACACACAACCAUUCCAGUGAGGGGGCAGUGGAGGGCAGUAUGGAGAGAAGAUGAUCCAUUCUGGACCAGAAGACCUUCUGCAGCUCUGCCUGCUUCCUUACCCCUCCCCACCCUGCUCCUCCACCCAACACCGGACUCGCCCCAGCUCCUUAGUGAGGACAGCCAGCCAAGCUGCACUGGGUAUUUUUUUUUAAUAAACACGUUUUCCUGCUCCCCAGCCUCAGGUUUACUGUGGAAAGGAUGGGCUUCCACCUCCGCGUCUGCAGGUCACUGGGGAGUCCUCGCUGUGGCCGAGGCAGGGUGAGCAUCUGCGUGUCUUUGCAGAUGGGUGGUGAGGAGUCAGGCUGCCCUGCCAGAUGCUUUUAAAUCCUUCAUUUCUUCCUACAUGUCUUGACUCUAAGCAUUUAAGCAUUUGUUUGCAGAUUCUAUUUGUUUGCACCUCCUUACAUCAAUUUUUUUGACUGAAUAUCAUUAAAGUGUGUGUGUUGGGG